AUGGAACGAAUCAAAAGAAUAAAGGAUGAGUUGAUUAAUCUCAAAACUUAAUCAUAUACCUUAAUUGACCAAUAUUUUAACAAAAUAUCCACAAAACUAGAUGUUAAUCAAAUGUUGAAAGAAGAAAUACCUGAAUUAAAAGAACUCCUAAAGUAGAAUAAAAAAGAUCCUAUAAAACUAGAGAAACUAUUCAACGGAAAGGCAGAUUCAAUUAAUUUCAAGAUUUCAGAUGUAAAUCUAGCUAUUCAGGGUAAAGUUCAACUUGAAAAUAAGAUAAAAGUGAUCUAAUAGCAGGAACUAAAUCCUGAAUAGAAUGAAGAUACAUUUGAAAUCACACCAUCCUAGUUAAUUCAGUAAAGCUAAGGUUUAUCAAAAGUUAAAUAGAAUCUCAAAAAGGAAUCAAGUGAAAUAUCUAUUUCUCAGGACAAAAUAUCUGAAUAUGAGGCUAGCUAGUUAAUGUAAUCAAUUUUACCAAUUAAGCACUCUUAAAAUAAUUCAGUUAUAAAAAAUCCAAAUUAUUCUAAGAAUAUACCCACUGCCUAGAGAUAGCCGCAAAAUUUUUAACCAAUUAUAGGGCGUCGCAAUACCAAACGAAUUCUACAAACUGAUUCUUCAAGCAGUGAUAGUGAAAAAGAAUUUAGUAUAGACACUCCGAUUAAAAAGAGAGAAAUCAAGCAGAUAAAAAAAUUAGAUCUUAAUAGCAAAACUAAAGAUAUCAAGACGGUAACAUCAGAGUUCAAACUAAAUAUUUAAUUCAAAACUAAAAAUACAAUACUUGAAGGAUUAGAUUCGAAAAGUUUAUUUUUCUUUGAAAACUUCAAUACAGUAAGGUACAUAACAUUUGAAAAUGAUUGGAAAACAGCAAUUUGUGGAGAGAUAUUAGAUAAAUAUAAUAAAAAACAUAGGGAUACUUUUGCAAUCACUCAACAUUAAUUCAUUUAAGUACAGACUAGAUAAAAAUAGAAACUUUCUGUUAUGUUUGGAAUAGAUUAAAACUUUAUUGAGCCGAUUCUAUACUUGAUAGAUGCAUAGAACCCAUUUAAAAUAAAAGAAUACUAUAAAAAUUUGACUGAAGAUUAAGAGUCAGAAAUUGAUCACAAAUAGCAUCAAAGAUCUGAUUAUGCACUUAAGGUCUUUAAAAACGAGAUUUUUGUGAUUGGCGGUAUUUCUUCCAAUAUUCGCGCCUUGAAUUACGAAAUGUCCUAUGAUAUUAUUUUGAAAGAUAAUUAGAAUUUUAAGAUAAAUUACUAGCCCCAUGAUCUUAAAGGUCUAAGUCAACCAAGAAGAGGACAUUCUAUAUUCAUAGUUGGGGAUUACUUGUUUGUAAUUUUUGGAAGAGCUCAAACGAACUGCGAAUAUAUCAAACUUUCAAUGGUUCCUGAGGAUAGAAAGUUUAAAACAAUUGAGAUUAAAUUUUAAACUGAUUAUGAUGAAUUCGAUAAGGCUGUUGUUUUUAAGGAAAGAAAUGACCACAAAUCUGAAAAUGUCUUUUUUAUUGGAGGAAGCUUUAAGCAGAAAAGAUCUGGAAACAACUUAUUACAGCUUAAUUAGAUUAAGGUAGUUUGGGGUAGAGACCAAUAUCCUCAAUUUAUUGAAGUAUCCAAAGUACCUACUGUCUAGAGUUUUGAAUAUAGACCACCAAAGAAUCAUUAAAGAUGUUUAGAAUUCUCUUAAAGAUUGAAAUCGAAAUUAUAUAAUGAAGACAUGAAUAUAUGGUACUUUAUUGAUGAUGAGCAACAAUUGAUUAUUUACGAUGUUGGGAAAAAGAAGUUCUAUUAAAAAUGUUGCAAGCAAAAGACUAAAAAUUGA